AUGUGGUCGCUUUGGGAAAUUGGACAAUUUGCAUUUGUUUCUUAUGCAGUCGUACGGGUUUUGAAAUGCUUAUUUAUUUUUCUCAAAUCAUUCAUCAUACAUUUUCUAACUCCUGAAUUGAAUAUUGAGGAGUAUAAAAAUUCUUGGACAGUUAUUACUGGUGGAACUGAUGGAAUUGGUCGUGCAUAUCUUGAAGAACUUGCGAAGACUAGAGGAUUGCGCAAAUUUUAUUUGAUUGGUAGAAAUGAGACAAAACUUCAGAAAACUGCUGGUGAACUUGGUAGGUAAUUGUGGGGAAUUCAAGGGUUAAUUCGGUACUUUGGUAAAAGUUCUAAUCUUUAACUAUCAAACACAAUUAAUUUCAGAGAAAACUUACAAUGCUGAAGUCAAGUAUCACGUUUUCGACUUUGAAUCUUCUGAUUAUUCAAAACUCCCACUCCAUCUCGCCAAUGAGAAUGUUGGUAUUUUGAGUGAGUGUUUUAUUCUUUUUCUCUUACUUCAACAAUUCUUUUUUCAGUUAACUGCGCUGGAAUUGCUCCAAGUCAAAUCGGAACCCUCACUGAACUGCCAGAAGGUCUCGCUUCAAAAAUCUUGAGAGUCAACUUGAUGUCCAGUGUUAGAGUAAGUGUUUUUGUUGGAAAAACCAAAGAAUUAUUGAGAACACAUAAAUUAUCUAAUUUAUGAAAAAAGUUGUGACGUCGAAAUGAAAAUGGUAUCUUUUCUGAAACCGGAUUGUGAUUUUUCAUGAUCGGAAAUUGAUGGAGUAACCUAUAAAAAUCAAAAAACAUUUUCAAGUAAAAAAACAAGGCGAUGAAAAACUUGUGAAAUCAGAUAAAAAUGUUUUUCAGAAUAUAAAUUGAAUAAGUCCAAAGUAGUCCUUGUUGGAAUUAACAAUUCGAAUGUUUGUUGAGGAAAUUACACAAAAAAAGUUUUUCUUCACAAAUUUUGAGUUUGGAAAAAGCAAUUCCUUAAAGAAGUGGGAACUUUAGUACUCAAAUCAAUGAAAUGUCACACAUAUAUGAAAUUUGAAAAUACUCUGGUUCUGAAAAGCUUUUACUCAACUGAUAGAGAACAUUUCAAUUUCCUCUGUCUGAUACAAAAAUUCCACAAAAAAUUGAUGAAAAUAAAUUACAAAACUAUGCAUUUUUGCAGAUGGUUGAAUUGAUCUUACCUGGAAUGGUGAAACGCGACAAAGGAAUCAUUGUCAAUGUCUCAUCAAUGACUGUUAGUUUUAAGCCUCAUUACUUUCGUUAAAUUUUGAAACUAAACCCUAAAUUUCAGGGAUGGCGACCACUUCCAUACAUCAGCUCAUAUCCAGCCAGUAAGGCUGCCCUCUCAUUCUUCUCCGAUUCACUUUCUGAUGAAUAUAGAGGAAGCAAUGUUAAAAUCCAGGUGAGCACAUUUUUUUAAAUAUUGUGAACUCAACAAAUUGCAUUUCAGUGCCUUAUUCCAAUGUUGGUUGCGACCAAAGUUGCAUCAUACAAAACCGAAGAAGCUAAUAAUAUUUUUGUUGUAACCCCCGAAAACUUUGCCAAACAAGCUGUUCGAAUUAUUGGAAGAUGGGAAAUCACAACUGGAUGUGUUCAACAUGAUGUUCAGGUUAGCCAUAAUUUUUUCAUAGUAUUUUCAUUCAUUUUAAAAUCAAAUUUUUAGAUCGCCCUUGGUACACUUCUCUCAUUCUGGGGUUUCAAAGUAUUAUUCGUCCCAAUUGUUAUGUUGGGUGUCCACAAACAUCGUGUUGCGUCAUAUCAAGCAAAUUCAAAAAAUGAAUAA